ACAUUCUCUUUUGAAUCGACGCUAAGCGGUGGUUGAGAGGUAUAUGAUUCCUGUGAAGAUUAAAGGAAACGUAGACUGAGAGCUUAGAAGCCUAAAAUCGAAUCAUUUUACCUGAAGUAUUUAAAUGUCUUAAGAUGGAAUUAAAUCAUGGUACAGCGAAGUCCUAUUUCAGCACAUCACACAAUGGCGCGUUUUCAUUUCAGUGGAAAAUCAAGAAUUUUUAUCGUUUACAACGAGAUUUUCCUAUUUCGAGUCCGGAAUUUUAUUAUAAAGGCAGUAACAACCUUUGGUUCUUGAAACUUAAAGUUUCGUAUUAUCAUCCCAAUGAUUUUCUCAUAUUAGAUCUACAUAAAAUUUCUACUGAUGAAAUUGGUUUAAAUUUUACAAUAACUGUAUCUCAAAACCAGGGAACAACAUUUUAUGCAAAUAGUGGUUCUGAAUUUUAUUUUUCGAAAUUGAAACCUGUAAAAUUGCUACCAAGCAUAAGACUACCGAGAUCGUUGUUGUAUGAUUUCAUUAACAUCUCUUGUACUAUUCAAGUAAGUGAUCUAGAUGUUGAAAGUCAUGCAAAGACAGUGACAAGCAUAUAUCCCAGCCUCAAAAGUUCAGAAUCCCAAAGCGAUAGACAAAGCUCUUCAAAUCAUAUCCAUAAUAAUUCUGAAAAAGCAGACCGGACGGAACAAAAGGCCAACUCACAUUUGAAGGAAAAGAAAGUUGAUGAAUCCGUAGUGAAAAUUGCAGAGCGAACUCAAUCCUCCCAAAUGGAAAAUACUCCAGAUGAUAGUCCGGAUCUUGAAACAUUGAAGCAACUUUCGAUCGAUUUAAAAAGGAUGCUUACCCAAACCAUGAAUGCUGAUGUAACAAUUCGAGUGGAAGAUAUCACCAUCAAAGCGCAUAAAAAUAUAUUAUGUGCAAGAUCACAAGUGUUUUGCAGCAUGUUCGAACAUUCCACUAUAGAAGCGGCAAACAAUGAGAUUGAAGUGACGGAUAUCCGACCUUCUGUUAUGGAAAAAGUCAUCAAAUACUUAUACUCUGGUGAAAAAGGUCGCCUUCAAUACGAGGAAGCAUGUGAUCUUUACUACGCAGCUGACAAAUAUGAGAUUUUAGGUCUCAGAGAAGCUUGUAUGAAAGAUCUCGUAUGCCUACUUGAUGUGAGCAACGCCUGUUCAAUACUCAGUCUAGCAUAUCGUCACAGUGAUGAUGCUUUCAAAGAGCAAGUAAUGAACUAUAUUUCUAAGAAUUUUAUUUCUAUUGUCAAUACAGAGUCGUGGAUUGAAUUAACAGAUAAAGACACAAGACUAGCUGCUCUUUUGAUGCGUUAUUGUGCUGGAGCUUUGACUAAGUAGUAACAAUGUCCAAAAGUAAGAAAGGAUGCCAUAUAAGGACACAAAUUCCGAUCAGUACCUACACUUUCAAGUGGUCCAUAGAACACUUUUCAAAACUUUUGCUGGAAAAAGAAAUCACAAGUCCUGAUUUUUAUCCUUGCUGUUCUGGGGUUAAGUGGUAUUCUACUUUAAAAAAGUCCUCGUCAUAUUUAACUUGGGUCAUGUACAAUCCUACAGAGCAAAAUGUAUCUGUAGAACACAGAAUUUCUAUUGUGGACUCAAGUGGAAUGAUAUGGUUUAAAAAGAAACUACAUAGGACCUAUAACACAGAACAAAGUACUGUGAGUACCAAUCGGAAUAGAGUAAUACGUUCGUCUUAUGAGAACAUUGCACAAUGUGUACUGAUUAACGAUAGCGAUACAAUAAAUACUAACGAUAUGUAUCAUCUGACAAAAGAUAUUGUCACAUUUUCUUGUUUCAUGACAUUUUCAGGACACAAUAUCGAGAACCAAACCUUUGAGCUGAUAUCGGAAACUGCGGAUGACAGUAAAAAUCUCGUAAAAUUGUCUAAUGAUUUAAAAACCAUGUAUGGCGUUUCUCUGUACACCGAUGUGUGCUUGCGCAUCGGUACUGACUCUUUGCGAGUGCACAAAGCAAUUAUAUGUAGCCGAUCCCCAGUGUUCGCAAAAAAUGUUUGAACACAAGCUGGAAGAAAAAGAAACCAACGUUAUAGAAAUAGUGGACUUAGAAAUGCAAGUUCUUAAAGAUUUGAUUUCAUUCCUGUACACAGCGUUUAUACCAAAUGAGGAUUUUGAUUCUGUUCUAGCUUUGUACUACGCUGCUGAUAAAUAUGAUGUUUCAGAUCUCCGCAAGUUUUGCGGCGAAAUUCUCUUAUCCAAGUUGACCAUUGACAAUGCUUGCCUAGUAUUAGCACUCGCUGAACGCCACUCUGAUCAAAUAUUGAAGGAUUCUGUUAUGACCUUUAUGGAUAUAAAUCUGGAGCCAAUUUUAGCAACAGAUGAGUGGGCAAAUCUCGUCUCAGAGAAUACUAAGCUUGCGGCGGAAGUGAUGCGUACUCGUUCGAAAAACAAAACUGAUGUUGAGAUUAAUGUUAAUGAAAUUGCUCAGAUAAAUGUUACUGAAACUGCUGAGUUAUUUGGAGAGCCUAUACUAAGCGGAAGGAAUCAGUGGGAGGAAUGCCUUGAAGUUCGAGGUCAAGUAUAUUAGGAUUUAGAAACUCCUAGUUAUAACAGACUUGAAAUUUUUAACCUCUUGUUUCAAUAGUAAUUUGAAAAUUUUUGUGGCCAUUUUUGUUGUUAUCCUCGCUGAUUCACCCAUUUCGUAUUUUUUUAAAAUUUCCCUUUGGACAAGCAUAUAUAUA